UCCGCGCGGACUCCCCUUGCCCCUUGCCCCUUGCCCCUUGCCCCUUGCCCCAUAUUUCUCCGUCUCCGUUCCCGGUGGCCGGCGAACAAGGGCGAGCAUCGAUACCCUGCUCCCUUCCUCUUCUCCGUUUCUCUUCCCGUGGGUUGUUGAAAACCCAGUCAAGGGUGUUUGCAGCGACGAGAGGGCGAUAUCUCCCUUGAUAUUCUCCGUUCGGCCAGCGACUCUACUCUUCUCUAUUCUUCCUUUUGGAGUGGAUGCUUGUGUCAGGAUUGCAAGAAUGCCUCAAGGGAUUAGAGAUAAAUGUAUCACAAGAAGUGAUUGUUUGGAUCAAAUCUGCAGAAGAAGCACACUAGCUAAAAAACUGAAACGAAGUUCUUAAAAGGGGAAAAAAAAAUGGCGUUCAGAUCGAAGGAGAUGUUUAAGAAAAUAAUUCGAAAGGUUGGGGAGGAAAAGUUGGCACCAGGAGUGAAGGAAUCACUGAAGAAAUGUCUUCCAGAUAGCAAGAUUGUGAUGGGGAGAGCCAAGAGAGGGAUUUAUGCUGGGCGUCAUAUCCAGUUUGGCAACCAGGUUAGCGAAGAUGGAGGCAACAAGACAAGGCGGAACUGGAAGCCAAAUGUACAAGAGAAGCGACUCUUCAGUUACAUACUUGAUCGACACAUUCGUGUCAAGGUCACCACCCAUGCACUCCGCUGCAUUGACAAGGCAGGUGGAAUUGACGAAUACCUGCUGAAGACACCCUAUCAGAAGAUGGACACAGAUAUGGGACUGUUCUGGAAGGCCAAGAUUGAGAAGAUGUAUGAAGAGCUUGGGGAGAUGGAUGUGGUAUUCUUCUCUCCCGAGGAUGAAGCCAAGUUUGAGCAGGGCUUCAAAGACCUGAAACUGGCUGAGAGGGCAGCUCGUAGGGAAACUAGAAGGAAGAAUUACAUGUCAUCAGGUAAACAAAAGCAGAUUGGGGAAGGCAAAUCAGAUGCUUCAGAGGAUGGGCGUGGGACUGCAUCAGAUGAAGAAGGAACAAUAGAUCAGACACUGGAGCAAAUGGUUGCAAAUACUUGAUGGUAGUAACUAUCCCAAUGAGUCCUUGCUUUUAUCCCAUAUUUUUUCCUUCUUUUGUGGUGGAUUUGAGACUAAGUGUUUGGUGGUCAAUUGCGGGUGUGUUACUGGCUUUUAUGCCUGUAGAUGGUGCUUACCCUUCCAAUUUUCUUUAGUAUUUCUCUCUCAGGCUAAAUAAAGGACAGGAAGCCAAGCUUCAUUUUCUGUUUCUGCUUUGUUGCCUGCUUGUAUUGACUACCCAAAACUGUUGGAAGUAUGAUUGGAUCAAUUUUGGCCUA